CACGAGGUUUUUAGGAAUGCUGUGUUUCGUUACUGGCUGUAAUCACCAGAGUUUGAGAGAAACUUGUAGUUUCUACAGAUUUCCUAGAAAAAGUUUGAAGCAGUGGGAGAAAUUGUGCAAGAGAAAAGAUAGGACAGUGACCUCAUCGGACAGAAUAUGUAGCUGUCAUUUCAAAGAUGGAAGGAAGGAGAACGACCCAACCUUGUUUCCUUGGAACCAGGGUACUUACUUUGACUUCCAGGAUCCGAAUAUAAUUUCACGACAUCAAUCCAGACAAGCUGACCCUUGUACAGAAGAAGAGACUGAGGCAGCUGUUACAUGUAAUGACAGAGAACCUUUGACUACAAAUGAGACUGUUGAUCUGGAGCACACUUAUAUGCGGUCCUAUAUGUAAACGUGAUAUAGUAAGGACUUCCGUUAUGUGCAAAAAUGAAACGUACGUUACUGUCGCCAGAGCAGGACGAGGUAUCAUAUUUCAGAAUCAGUGAUGUAAAAACGCAUAACAGCUUUGUUUGCUUUUUAGAUAAAGUUAGAUAGCAUGAAUGAGACAAAACAUAUGAACUUCAAAUCAUAUAGCCGAUGUUAUAUACGUAAUUUAAAAUAUUGAAUGGGCAUUCAAUGUGUUGUAAUUAACAAACGACCGAAGCUGUGAAAACUGAUGUACAAAGGUGCAGUAUAUCAACCCCACUCGGUAAUUAUCAAAAUUAUGAUAAUCAAAGCCAAAAGCUUACACGUAUCAACACUUCGCCGCGAGUUACGUCCCUUUACGGGGUCAGCCAAAGGUCAAUCGGUGAAAAACCCAAUUUUCCUUCUUUACCUUACCAUAUGUAAGAUGUUAUUACUUUGAAUUUUAGCCAAACUACCAAAUUUUCAUACAAGUUAAUGGGUUGCCCCAAUCUGGGGCAUUAUUGUAGUUGACUGCAAUUGAUGGAAAAAUAAUAGAUGUCAAAGCUACAGAUAGGAAAAUUACAAA